CUGCAGCCAGCAAGCUGGAGGUCUCCAUGCCGGUGGUGGUUGAAGUGGAGAGCGGGAGCACGGCCAGGAUCGAGUGCAACUUCUACAUCCCUGGAAAUGGCUCCUACACUUACAUCAACUGGUUCUAUGUGAAUUGACCGCAACAACCAGGUGAGGCUGUGCCGCAUCAUGGCAGCGAGAUCCUGGAGGAGAACACAGACUACAAGGGGCGGCUGUCAGUAGGGGAGGACAAGGCCCUCUCCAUCAGCAGGGUGACGGUGCAGGACGCCAGGACCUUCGUGUGCCAGGUUGAGGCGGGCAACCGCGGCGUGGGCGAGAACCGCACCGAGCUCCACAUCUACAAGGUCCCCGAGGCCCCUGAGAUCGUGGCCAACUCAGGAGGCAUUUCUGUGCAGAGCAGUGACAUCCCGCAGAUUGCCCAGUGCAUGAGCAGAAACAGCUUCCCACCCCCCAACAUCACGUGGCACAAGAAUGGGGAGCAGCUGCAGCCGGAGGAGAAGAUGGUGAAGAUCCCGGCCACGCUGACCCGCGAGUCGAGUGGGCUGUACACGGUGAGCAGCACCCUCUUCGCCCAUGUCACCCGGGAGGAUCGCAACUCCCUCUACCACUGCACCGUGCACUACUGGCUGCGGGGACAGAGGCAUGCUGUGGAAUCGCGGCGAGUCAGCGUCACUGUCUUCUACCCCGCGCAGCACGUGAAGCUGCAGGUCGUGCCGUCCUCAGCACUGGUGAAGGAAGGGGACGAUGUGAAGCUGGUCUGCGAGGCUGACGGGAACCCAGCACCCGUCUUCAGCUUCUAUAAGAGGGAGCUGGAGGACAGUUGGCAGGACCUGACGUCACUGGCAGACACCAACAGCGGGGUGCUGAACCUGCAUGAUGUGAAUAAGAGCAGCAGCGGCCUGUACAGAUGCCAGACCCUGGACUUGGAUGAUAUGAGACAGCUGGAGAAGGACGUGGAGCUUGUUGUGAACUACAUUGAAGGGGUCCGUGUGAAGAUGGAGCCAUCCUCACCCCUUCAGGAAGGAGAUAGCGUGAGGCUGAGCUGCGAUGCCCACAGCCCUGUGGCCCUGGCCUACCAGUGGAGGGAUGAGAAGGGCAGGAAGGUCGCAGAAGGGAACCAGCUCUUUUUGAGCAACCUCACCUUCGAAACCUCCAGCAACUUCAGCUGCAAGGUGAUCGCACCAAGCGUGCCGGGGCUGGAGCAGAGCAAGCAGGUGGCCGUGGCUGUUCAGGGCAAGCCACGGAUCGUCGCCAUCAGCUCCCCGCUGUAUGUGCGGCAGGACGAGGUGGUGAACCUGACCUGCAAGGCCAUCGCUUUCCCCAGGCCCUCUGUUCACUGGAAUGUCAACGGAACGGCUCAUGAGUACAUUGAAAAUCAGCACAUCGCCAGCAACCUGACAGUGCGCGUGAACCACGACCUGCUUCGGGCGGGAGCCAUGUGCAGGGUCUCCAAUGCGCUGGGUGUCAGCGAGAAGCACAUCCAGCUGCUUGAUCAAAAGACACCAGAGAGCAAAGGGGUGAUCAUUGUGGCGAUCAUCGUCUGCAUCCUUGUGGUGGCUGUGCUGGGGUCUGUCAUCUACUUCCUGCACAAGAAAGGCAAGAUCCCAUGUGGCCGCGCUGGGAAACAGGACAUCACAAAGCCAGAGGCACGUAAAGACAAGAUUGUAGUUGAAGUUAAGUCAGAUAAACUUUCCGAAGAGGCGGGGCUCCUGCAGGGUGCCAACG